AUGAUGAAGCCCACACCGACAAAGACAACGGUUGUCCAGUGGCACCAAGGAGCCCCCUCACCCGCAUCAGCCACUGGCAAGAUUGAAAAGUCCAUCUCGCACUUCUACUACACGCUAGCACAUCACAUCGCCGACCACCCGUGGGUCUUUGUCAUCGUUCCGGCAAUCAUUCUUCUUGGCUUUGGCGUUCGCAUCUUCGCUGAUCCCGUGUCACCAGAACAAGAUCCCGAGGACCUCUACACGCCACAGGACAGCGUUGCGUUUGCUCAGCGCAUUGUUGUGGAGGAGUCAUUUGGGUUUGCGCCCGUCACCAACUUCUUCUACCUGCAGGCAAAGGACAUAUUGUCUGUGGACAAGAGCAACAGCGAGAAUCAGGCUGCGCUGGUGUCGAUGCUGACGCUGUUCAACGCCAUGGCCGCUUUCACGUACGAGGCAGACACAGGCGAGACGGUGACGUACUUCAGCAGGUGCAACACGACCGCCAGCGGGUGUCUGCAGUACAGCGUGCUCAACUUCUUCGACUACAACGAGACGCGCAUCACCACGGACAGCGAUGUUAUGGCCACCAUCAACACCGGUCUCCAGCAGGCCGUGGCCCUCAACCAGUAUUUCCUCUUCAAAGAUCAGAUCUUCGGCAGUCCCGAGCCAGCAAACGCCUCAGACCCCACGAUUGCAAAGGCGCAGGUGCUCGCGCACCGCUUCAGCUUCAUCAACAAAGAGACGCGUGAGAAUGGGGACUUGCAGUUUGACACAGCGCGAGAGAAGUGGGAAAUCAAGGCAUCCAAGGAGAUUCGCACCACGCCCGUUGAUGUUGGUCAGGCGUACGUGCUGUUCAGCGGUGACGUGAACAAUGAAGCCAACAGCGCCGUGGACGUUGACGUCGCGCUCCUGCCGUUUGGGUACAUGCUGCUGAUUGCAUACGCCUCGUUUGUGCUGUGGCGACGGCAUCCCGUGUACAGCUACGCCAGUAUGGCCAUGGUGUCUCUCGCCUCCAUUGGCCUGUCCAUCGUCGGCAUGUGGGGGUUUGGGCUCCUCAUUGGACUCAACUUGGCCUCGGUGUGGGACGACACGUUUGUGAUCAUGGGUGCACAUCGCGAUGUCAAGCGCUCGCUCUCCGCCAAGGAACGCGUCGCUCGCGCACUUGCAAGGGGCGGUGUGAGCAUCACCAUCACCAGCAUCACAGACAUUGUCGCGUUUGGCGCCGGCAACUUGACCCGCCUCCCAUCCAUCUCCCUCUUUUGCACAUACACACUCCUCGGUAUCCUCUUCGACUUUCUUCUCCAGGUCACGUUCGUGGUUGCGUUCCUCUACUGGAACACCAUCCGCGAAGGCCAAGGACGUGCAGGUGAGUUUGAUCCGGAUGCGCCGUCAUCACUUGAUGUCGUGAUCGGUGAAUGGCUGCCAAAGGUCCUCCUCCACCCCGUGAGCAAGGUUGUAGUGCUGCUGAUUGCCGCUGCACUUGCGGGCACAUCGCUGUGGGCGGCAACGAAGGUGACAACGAGGUUUGAUGUCAACUGGUUCAUCCCAUCCAACUCCCACGCCAAGGACGCUGUGCACCUGCAGUCUACGCACUUCAACGGCCGUGGAUAUGUGUUUGGCGCGUACACGGGACCGACCGUGAACGGCUAUGAAGCAGUUGUGACGCAAGCCGAUUUGCAAUCGCUCUCCACUCAACUCUUGGACAGCAAAUAUGUCAUCGCAUGCAACAACUGGUGGACGCAACUGUUGCUGUAUGUGCAGCUGAACCACCCAGCAAACAUGACCGCACAAGGCCUCAUUCAACCGAGCGCAUUUUACCCGCUGUUGGAUGAGUUCUUGGCCUCUCCGUUUGGCGAACGAUUCACGCCAUCGGUUCUGUUCAAUGAGACGACAUCAGCAAUCAGCAAGACGGAAAUCACGUGCGAGUUUGCGGACUUGAAUGCGAUGGACGCAACCGUUGAUGGCAUGCGAGACGCACGCAAUAUUGUCAACGCCCACCCGUCCCUUGGCGAUUUAACGGUCGACACAGACCGGGGAGAAGCAGUUUUUCCCUUUGCAUACUCGUUUGUCUUCCUCUUCAUCGACGGAGAGGCAGUGAUCCAGCAAGAGACUCUGCGCAACGUGCUGAUUGCUGGCGUGACAGUGGCGGUUGUGACGCUUCUCCUGCUGGCCAACAUCCCCGCUUCCUUUGUUGUGGUGCUGAUGCUGGCACUGGUGGAUGUGAACGUGCUUGGCUUCAUGUACUACGUGAAUGUGGACUUCAACUCCGUUUCCGCCGUGAACAUUGUCAUUGCUGUUGGUCUUGCCAUCGACUCGAGCGUGCACAUUGCACACGCGUUCCUCUCCGCCCACGGCACGAGGAACGAGCGAGUCGCUGAAGCGCUCAGGCGGCUUGGUCGGUCGGUCACCAACGGCGCCGUGUCCACGUUUCUCGCCAUCGUCCUCCUCGCAAACGCCCAAUCAUACAUCUUCCAGGUGUUGUUCAAGCUGCUGUCGCUGAUUCUUGGCUUUGCUUUCUUCCACGGCAUCAUUGUUCUCCCCGUCGUUCUCUCCCUCAUCGGACCAGACCCAUACCCGCUCAAGCCGCAUGAAAUGGAGGGCUUGGAGGAUGAGGAGAUCGACGGUGAGAACGGUGUCAACGGCACCACUAACGGCAGUGGCAAGGGCAACGGGGUGGUUGGCGCGCAACCCAAAGACAGCACGCCAGUCGUGCCGAUGAUGGCGAUGAGCAAUGGACAUCAUGCAAACCAAGAGGACACGCAGGACAGCAGCAAAGAUGAUCACGCCCAAAUCCAGCCCGUGGCUGAACUCGUGAACAUGUAGAUGCGCAGUCAUACUUCGGCUGCUGGAUGUGUUUUUCGCACAAGCCCAACUUUUGUCAUCGUUUCUUGUUGUUUCUUCCAUUUCUAGUUGCUCUGUUUGUGACGUGUGACGGUGGUUGCCAACUUUUGUUAACGAGGGAUAAUGUAAAUGAAUCUCCACGAAG